CACGCUAAGGGUGGAGCAGCCGGCAGAGCGUUAGUCAGGAGCCAGGAGUCCGCGCCCUGCGGCCCGCGGCCCGCGGCCCGCAGCGAUGAAGAUCUGGAACUCGGAACACGUGUUCGGCCACCCAUGGGACAUGGUCAUCAAGGCUGCUAUGAGGAAGUACCCGAAUCCGAUGAACCCGUGUGUUGUGGGAGUCGAUGUGCUGGAGCGCAGUGUGGACUGCCGUGGCCGGCUUCACAGCCACCGCCUCCUCAGCACCGAGUGGGGGCUGCCUGCCCUCGUGAGAGCGAUUUUGGGAACCAGUAGGACUUUGACAUACAUCAAAGAACAUUCUGUUGUGGAUCCAGUGGAAAAGAAAAUGGAACUGUGUUCCACCAAUAUCACACUCACAAACUUGGUGUCGGUGAAUGAGAGGUUGGUGUACACACCCCAUCCAGAGAACCCUGAAAUGACUGUGCUCACACAAGAAGCCAUCAUCACUGUGAAGGGGAUCAGCCUUGGCAGCUAUCUGGAAAGUUUAAUGGCCAACACAAUAUCAUCCAAUGCAAAGAAGGUCCAGAAGAACGUCCUUUGUGGGUACCUGGCCGGUGUGUCAAACGGUACCAUGAGCAACACACCAAAGAAAAGGAAGCCGAUACGGCCAAAGAUCGUGAGAUAUGAUUGGUCCCCCGACUGGUCCAGAUCGGAGUAUGAGGAACCUCCAAUGAUUGAGAUGUCUAAUCUCUCGUUUCAACCAGUCUGUCCAAAGCCAACAACCUCCUCUGCAUCUCGUAUGGUAACCCCGCGAAUGAAGAGUGCUUCUCUUCCUACCUGGGGGCAAUUAAAAAAGCUAACACAAGUAGCUGAACACCGGCUGAUGGAAGAAAAUAUUCCUAAAAUAGAAACCAAUAUGCUAGUGUCCAUGUUGGCAGUCUUCACUGUUGUGGUUUCUGACAGCUAAUUACCAAAAGACAUCACCAUUUUACAACAGGAACUCAACACAAAAGGUAUGAUGGAAUGUCAUUUAUUUUUCCCUAAAAAUAAAAGAUUUUAAUGGAAAACAUGUAGUAUUGUCAUGUCAUCCUGAAUGCCAGCAAUAUCUUGACUUUUAUACACGCAGAAAGCCAGGUCAAAGUCCAGUCAGCAUACACAUUUCUCCAUGACCCUUCAACAGUUUUGCAUGUACAAAAUUUUCUGCUAUUUUGCUUUAGCAAAUAGCAACAUAAUUUAAAACUUUCAUGUCUCCUAUGUGACACCUAAAAUGUUUAUUAAUACAGUUAGAAAAAUAAAAGCCAUAAAAAAUUCAUGGUAUGAGUUCAUGGUGCUAAUUACAUAAUUUCUUCAAAUGUAAGAUCAUUUAAAAAAUGCCUACAUAACGAUCUUCUGGUUUAAUUUGAAAGACUUAUGACUUGAACUCUAGUAAGACUGUUAAGUCUAUGUACAUAUCAAUUAUUUAAUUUUUACUUGCCUUGGAAGAAUUAAUAUCGAUUGUCCACUGAAUGAAUGCCUUCAAAUAUUAAUAAAUAUAUUACAGUGUUUACAAGUAUUUUUAUUACUCUGAGAUUGACAGAAAGUUAAGCUAUGGAGAAGGAAAUAAAGAUCUCCCAACAGGGUGAGUUCAUGUGCUAUGGGACCAAAGAAAAGGGUGGGUGCUUGAGCCUGGAGGGAGUUAGGUUGGGAGGGGGUUCGUGGAGGGAGGACCACUCAGGUGUGCACAGCAGCUCUAAGACACAUCAGGCUCCAGCUGAGACCAGCUAGCCAACAACACUUUUGUUGCUGGAUCAGAAGUAAAUGCCAAAUAGCUGGAAACCGGGACAGAGAGGAACACUGUGAAAGUAUGUUAUUUUAGUAGUAAGACGAGGAAGUUAAGCCUAAGGUCAAACUAGGCUGAGGAUUGUAAGACCAUACUCCAUAAGCUGUUAGUUAACUACCCUCUGGAAAUUACCUAAUUUAGUUGAGGUGUUGGGUAAUGUCAUGGAUAAGAAAGGGAUAAAUGAAGACAUUGUUUCGGCAACAAAAAGUGAUGCUAAUUUGAUUUCUACAAUUUUCACUGUGUCAUGUGCCCUUCUGUUACACUACUUUCUGCAAAUUGUCUCAUGCAGAUGUACUAUCCACAUGACCUUUUCAAUACACUUGGCAAACCUUGUUAAUGCUGUCAAAGAAUUUACAUUUAAUACUCUGCUAAGAGGUGAUCAUAAUGCCCAAAUGAGACCACAUGAAGAAGUGAAGUCAAAGAUUGAGAUGUGCUAUUUGUCUUGUGAAUGUAGAUGCAAUUCUCAUUCUGGGGGUUUAUUUUCUAAUGUUUUAAAAACAACAGUGAACUAGCCAUUAUUUUUUAGAAGUACACUACCCUAGGUCAUAUCAAUACACAUGUACAAAUACCAUUCCCUCUUCCUCACUCCCUUCCUGGUAGUCAUUUAGAUGCUCAAGCCUUGGCCUUCAAAGGGUGUGGCUCCCACCAAACCAUUUGGGGUACAGAGUUCAAACAGUCUCUUGGAAAAUUUUAUAAAUGACAUCCACCCAGUAUAAUGUUUAAAGCUCUUAAACAAGAGUCUUUAAAAUAAUUUAAACAUUUGCAUAAUCAACAAGAGUUCUCUGGUGGCCCACUUUUACAUGCAAAUACAGACAGCUGCUAACAUGCAUUAUUUUAGUCAAUUGGUAAAGUUUAUUUCAUAAGUAGAAGUAAUUUUAAGCCAUUUACUAAACUGUAAAUUUCAAUCCAUUAAAAACUACUACCAGAGCAGUUUUGAGGUAUUACCAUUAAUUUAAUACAGAAAUGUUACUAUAUUUUGAUGUGGUAUGAAAUGUGACUGCCAUGCCUUUUAUUAAAUGGUGAUGUUGUAGUGUUGACUACAGAUGUGUUCUAUAGCUUUUAGAAAAUUAUUGCGCAUGUGCGUUAGCUGAUUUUCCAAACAUUAAUGGCAAUUUGACUGGUUGGUCAUUUGUAAGCAUACCAAAAUAGUAAAGUAAACCAGCUGAGAAAUUUCAGGUAUACAAUGCUACCCUCCAACCUACCUUCCUCAAAACCCAUCCUACUCACUCAAGCCGUUUACAAGGAAAACUUGUGCAAAAAGCAUUCAAAAAGCCUAUUAGCAGGUUAAUUAUCUUGUAAUCUUAAAAGAACUAGA